AAAGAAUAUCUAUCUACUGAAACGAUCUAGAUCAAGCUAAAUUAUCAAUGGCCAUAUCUCACGGCUUACAGCCUUUGCUUCUUCUUCUUCUUCUAUCACUUUUUUUCUUACCAGCUGCUUUGGGCGCCUUCGUCAAUUUUACGAACUGCGGGGUAUCGAACGGCGUACGUCACGUCAAUGUCACUAGUGUUGAUGUCAAUCCAUAUCCGCUUGGUCUUGGCGAGAAUGCAACCUUUACGAUAACCGCUGUUACAAACUUUAACAACAGAACAGCGGGAAAUGUGUUGUUCCGUGCGCUCAGUGGGCCAUCGGCUCUUAAUUGGGUGCAAAAAACAUAUUCCCUCUGUGAUGUGACGGCAUGCCCUGUUACACCUGGUCCUAUCGUGUUUAAUUUUCCUAUCUUUAUACCAAGGAGUGGUAUUAAAGUGAUAAACCAGAGUGAAUAUUAUGCUGAAAUGAGGAUGUACGAGAGAAUUGUAUACCCGAGUAUGUGCGUUGUCUUCAGAUUUCCGAUCCGUAAUUGGACUUAAUCUUAUGCUGUGUAUCCUUUGUUUCAAGACUUUUUAACGUCUCUCUCUCUCGUUAUUCCUUGUAUUAUGUGUAGUCUUCCUUUUUUACCUAUUCUGUGUCGUUCAACAAUAAAUAAGAGCACUCGCAUUGGGGGGUUUUAAUGGGGUUCAUAGAGAGAGUAUGCACGUUUCC